AAGGCGCAGUGACAUCACACGCGCGUGCGUUCUGAAGGCCUUCCACACACGUGCGCCAUGGAGCCUUCGUUAGGAGACGUUGCUGUCGACCUGUUUCAGGUGAAGAAGGCAGUGCAGGCGUUGCAGGCUUAUUUGAAAAGCACGUCAUCCCAGAGUUCCCUGCUGAAAGAAAGUCAGCAAAUCGGUCUUCUCCUCACGUUGUGGAAGAUCCCAAAACAAGAUCAGAACAUUCGCAUUCCUUUGCCACAUCCGUUCCGUCACGAGUCCGUUGAGGUGUGCCUCUUCACGCGGGAUGAGCCUAACAUGACCUCAGACCAGACCGAGAGGUUCUACAAAAAAUUACUCGCAGCGAGAGGCGUCAAACAUACGCCCGAGGUGAUUCCCUUCAAAGUUCUGAAAACUGAAUAUAAGCCAUUUGAAGCCAAGAGGAGACUACUUGGCAACUUCAACAUCUUUUUGUCGGAUGCCCGUAUUCAACACCGUUUACCCUCCCACAUUGGGAAGCAUUUUUAUGAGAGGAAGAAGACUCCUCUGUCUGUGGAUAUGGAGAGUAAACACCUGGCCAGAGACAUGGAGCGCCUCAUUCAGGGCACCACUCUCAAGGUCACAAAGAAAGGCCCCUGCUGCAUGGUGCAGGUAGCACACUCAGGAAUGACUGCAGAUGAAAUAGUUGAGAACAUAAACACUGCAGUUACCACCAUUUCAUCAAAGCUGCACAUGAAAGGAAGAUGCAUCAAAGUCAUUCACUUGAAGUCUCACACCUCUGUGGCUCUGCCUAUCUAUACCUCAGACCUGAGUCACCUCACUCUGCUGGAGGGGGAGCUGAAGAAGGCCAGACUGGCAAAGGGCACAAAAACGUCAAAGAAAAAAAUCACAGAGAAAACCAUUCGAAAGAGGAAGGAGAAUGACCAAAAAGCUGUAGUGAAGGAAACUGAGGAGGAGGGUGAAGAGGAGAUUCCACAGCUGGUGCCUGCUGAGUCUGAAAGCAAAAAGCCAAAGCUGGAGGCCCCAUCCAAAAAAGGCCCGAAGAAGGCACCCAAGCCGACUGCACGCAAAAUGGGUCAGAAGGGCAAACGGGGGCAGAGAAAAUUGGGGAAAAAAGCACCUAAGUCUCAAGCUCAGAGGCAGAAAAAAGGUUCUUCUGCCUGAAGCACCUGGCUUUGCGUCAGUGUUUUUCACUCAAACCCUCCAUGUCCAAGGACUUGUGUGUGCAUAAAUAUUUGUCUGGUAUUUGUUUAUACCUGCCCCAUGUACAUGUGUGUUCUACAAGGCCAAUUUGUAGAUUUAAAAGAAAUAAACAAUAUUUAGUUAUUUCA